GCAAAGUUAAGUAAGCAUUUCAGCCUCUCACAUUACAUUCGAAUAGAAAACUGCAAUCCUUGUGAGUAGUAGAUUUGUGUGUAGCAGAUCAAGCUAUAAAUAAUAUAAUAUGAUUAGUGAUAUUAGCCGCAUCCCUGAAUCUAACUUGCACCACAUUCUUUUUCUUAUGUCAUCAUACUUUACUGGAAUUGCAAUGCAAGUUACACAAAAGUUGUUUGAUUAGCUAGCAGCGAGUGCAGACAAUGGCCUGUCAGGCCUUGAAAUUUUUAUCUUUAAAUCUUGCAGCGAAGCCAGCUACAAGCAUUGAAUUGAUUUCUGUCUUUACUGAAAGCAAAAGAUAGUCCUCAAGGAAAGACAAAAGGCAAAGCAAAAGGUAAGGAAUAGUACUGCUUGCUUUUAUUCUGUCUAGCUAAGGCAUUUGUGUGUAACCACAAGGACCCCAAAUAUUUUGUCGAAGCAUGCUGUGUGUCCAGAGCGCUCACCAAUCUAGCCAGCUUCUAGUUGCGCCUGUCUCUACCUAGCUACAUACUCUCUGCAAGUCUGCAUAGUACCAGUUAUUCAAUUUAACCAAGGUAUGUAAACCUCAGCUUACACCUGUACUCAAUCAGCCUGUCUGCUUCUUCGUAUCUAUGUAUGCUAGUUUUAUCAGGACAUUGAUUUUCUACCCUUGAGCAAAUGUGCUCUCUUUACUUUGAAAGAAUAGAAGAGUGAGGGCCUGUUCUGAUCUCCCACUCCACACUUCUAAAAAAUUCUGCCAGAAGCCAUCCCGAAUGAUAUAGCUUCCCGAAGCCGAAAUCCAGGAAGCUACGAUGGGCUGUAGUUCAUUUUUGCGAAGCGACCGAUUCCCAGCUUCCCCUUUUUGUGAAUCUGAAGCUGCUGUUAUUUACGGCCGAAUUGCCACCGCCAAGAAAACGUUUCGCUCACCUUCCCCUCGCUCGAUCCCGCGGAACAGCCCGCUCGCUGGCAACUCCCUCCCCCUCGUUUCUCCUCUGUAACCCUACCGCCGCCGCCACGCCCAACAGCCCCCGCCGCCGGCCAAAUCGUCGACUCCGACUACAGAUUCAGUCGCCCCAGUCUAUUUCUCGCCGGAUCCCGUCGUCGCCGCCGUCCGUCGCGCCUGGUACAGGGAGCUGCGCCUCCAUGGCUCGGAGGAUCUGGCUCCAGCGCCAUUGACGCCCGAGCGGUUUGGUCCGUAAUGGGCCCUUUCCAGCCGGCCCAAGGUGGCAGAAGCAGGCCUUGAGCGCCCCAGCUGGGCUGUCUGGUCAUCCAGGCGCUGGGAGAAGCUGUUGGCGCUCCAGAACGUUUUCGCAUCGCCAGCUGAAGCAAGAAGCCGGAUAAGAAGCUAGAUAUGAGAAGUUUUAGAGAAGUUAGAUGGUUUCAGAACAGGCCCUGAGUUUUGAAGAUUCAAAAAAUUCCAUUAACAAUCACAUGUAGAUAUUACAGUAACCUAUGUAUUUGCAAAGUUUUGGUGAAAUCUCACAUGCAGUCCAAACUAAAAUAGCAAUCAUGAGAGGCUAAAAGCAUAUUUAUGUGCUCUAAUUUUGUUAUUUUUUGCACAGAAAAAUAUUAAAAAAUGCAUGAAACUUAACAGUUGCACACAGUACUCAAUGACAUACACGUGUGAUUUUUUUUUAAAUUUUGUGGAAGCACGAGAAUUAUAUUUUUUGCAUGCUCUCCUUUAGGUCAUUGAGCUUUAUUUUAUUAAUCUUGCUUGCAUAUUAUUGCAUUUGUAUACAGAUCGACUGAAGCUCGAGGAAUUCAGCUGGAGACUUAUAGUGAGCUGACUGAUCAAUGAUGACCCGGAAAUGGAAUUAAUCUAGAGGGUAGAGAUUGCAGUAUCUUGCCAAUUCAUCAUGCGUACAGAAGUUAUCAAGGCAAACACCAUUGAUGAGGCUGUUGAAGGAAUUCUCGAUGAACUCAAGUAUACUAGAGGAAAAGAAAAUGUCAUAUACUUUGAUGGCUGGGACGGGCUGGGGGCAUCUGCUGUCCUGCGAGCCGUAGCCCAACAGAUCGAAUCAAAUGGAAAGAAAUGGCAGUUUGAGCAAGUCAUCCACAUCGACUGCUCAAAGUGGGAGAGCACAAGAGCACUUCAGAGGGAAGUCGCAAAGCAUCUGAAGCUUCCCAAUCAGGUGCUGGAGAUGUUUGACAAGCAAGACGAGGAGGAUGAUUUCAAUGGUAUCACUGAUCAACGAUCUCGGGCAGGGAUAACAGAGGUUGCAAUAGAGAUCCAGAGGAGCAUACAGGGCCGCAGGUUUUUGCUGGUUCUUCAGAAUGGAAGCAACGAGGAGAUUGACAUAUCUAGCCUUGGCCUUUCUGUAUAUGAAUAUUUGACCAACAAGGUGAUAUGGACCUUCCAAGGGAGGUUUCGGAUGGACCCCAAUAUGAAAGACAAGGCCAUGAAGAAGGAUACAACAGACGUUCUUCUCUCAGCUUCAUGCUAUGAGAAAAAUCCACAAGAUCACUGGUACUAUCUACUGCGUGAAGAGGCUACACUAGUUGCAUACAAGAAUAGCGUUGAUCCUGCAAUACUUGUUAAGUGCUUCUUGUAUAUGUUGACACUACAUUGCACCAGCCGCCAUUAUGUCGACAGCGAGUAUGAUUUGGCUACCCAUGCAUGCAACUAUUGGAUAUGUGAUGGAAUCAUACAGAAAGACACAGACAUUGCUGAAGCAUGGCAAGUUGGUGAGAGACUGCAAGGUGAUAUCCGAUGGAAUAUGGACUACCGCGACAAUGAAUUUCCCUCUCGCUUUCUAUGGUAUGCCGAGUGCGUACCACACUGGGCAUCACCAGCUCAUGGAUUUGUGCUGGUCCCUGAUGGAGUCGUUCCUAGCAGAACGUUCCAGCAUUUUGACAAGCUUGGCGUGAUGAAACUCUCAAGGUGUAGCUUCAGCUUUUCAUCACCUCCAUUUCUCUGCUGCCACAGCCUUAGAUUUUUAUGGCUUGACCACUGUCAAAACCUAGGAAAGAGAGAUGGGGCGCAAUUGGAAGAGGAGGACACUGCAAGGUUGUUGGCAUGCUUCCAAAGCUUAUGGGUGCUUGACCUGCGCUACACAGAUUUGAAUCUGAUCCUGUCCGCACAGGUGAUGGAUCUCAUGACCCAGCUCAGGGAGCUAAGCGUGAUGGGAGCCAAAAACUGGGACUUUAGCCAUUUACAAGGACGACUGCGUAACAUUCGCAAGCUCCGGUUAACAAAGUCCACUGGCUGGUCCAACACCAAUGUGUUCUCGGAUAUGGAAAGCAUGGAGCUUCUUGAUUUUUCAGUCAGUGGUUACAUGAGAAGCUUAUCUGGCUCAGCAAGCAACACUAACCUUGAGACUGUCAUUAUUGGUGCCUAUGACGAGUUAAAAAUCAUCUCUUUUAGGGACUGCAAAGAAUUGAAGAACAUAAUCUUGAAAGGAUCGUUGGGGAGUCUUGAAGAGCUGGACCUCUCAGGCACAGGAGUGAAAACACUCAACUUCCGGGAAGUGGUAGCCACCUCGCUCCCCAAGCAGAUCAUCCUGCUAGGCUGCGAGAAGCUCCGUGCAAUAUUGUGGCCUAAGACAUUUGAAGGGGAAGGGUGGUCUGGUUUGCUGCAUCUUGACACCACCUCAAUAUCAGCAUCAGCUGACGGAGGUGAAGCAUCACAUGCACAUCCUCAUAGCGAUCAAGCCCUCCAACAGCAGAAAGAAGAAAAGUUUAACGGUGGAUGGCGGAUUUCUCUUAUGGAUACAAGGCUCCUGAGGUCGCUUUCUCCUGUAAGAGAGUUUUUAAGGGCCACAUCCGUACAUAUUGAUAUCUGUUCUGCAGCUACUGUUGGUGGUUGCAACAUCCAAGGAACAAGCAGCAACAAACUACUGCAAGUCCAACCGCACACAAGGACUAUGAUGGACUCCAUGUAUGGAUAUGUCUUGAAGGAUGGUGGCCCAGUUGGAGUGAAGGUGAUGUGGGACUGCCCUAAGAUAUUUCUUUAUUGGGACGAACCAAAGACAUGUAUGAUAAAGAUCAUUCAUGGACCGGGCAACAAACUUUUGGAGGAUGCCCCAAGUGCUAGCACUAGUGCUUUAUUAUUGCCUGGUUUCAUAUGCAAGCAGAGUACAUCUGUGCAUGUCUAUGAUAACUUGUCCAUCACCAAUAUCCCUCCACCUCCCGACGGAUCAGGGUGGCAGAGUCAAAGAUGGUGCCGAGUCGAGAGGUGCCCCAAGCUACACACGGUCUUCAAUAUUCGGCAGGGCAGUGGUGCGUCCAGCUUUAGGCGUCUGGAGACAUUAUGGUUGUCCCAGCUUCUGACGGCACAGACAUUUACUACGUCAACUCUCACCUUUUGUAGCCUGGAGUUCUUGCACCUGGACUGCUGUCCCAGGCUCUUACAUGUGUUCACCUUGGCCAGCAGAAAUUCAGGGAGGUUCUUCUGUAGUUAUUUGCAGACCCUCGAGAUAGUGUACUGUGACGAUCUAAGGGAGGUCUUCCCUUUGGCCCCUGGGCCCCAGAAACAGGAUACAGUUAUAGAAUUUCCCUAUCUGAGGAGCAUCCACCUGCAUGAGGUCCCCAAGCUGCAGCACAUCUAUGGGUGCAGGAUGUGGGCACCUAUACUCGAGACCGUCAAGAUCCGAGGCUGUUGGAGCCUUAGGCGUCUGCCGUCCGUCGGCCGCGACACCAAGCCGCCCAAGGUGGACUGCGAGAAGGACUGGUGGGAUAACCUUGAGUGGGACGGGCUGAAUAAGUACCAUCACCCGUCCCUCUACGAGCCAAGCCACUCGCUGUACUACAAAACCGAUCUGCCCAGAGGCACCAUACUCAGGUAAUUCACCCCUCCUGUGAAUUGAUCUUCGGGCUCGUCCAACCUGAACGCAUGUACGUCAUCAUGCGGACCUACGUAACUGAAGCUUUUCUGCUGUGUUGCUUGAUUGGUCUAUGGUGUUCUCUACAUCGGCAUUGCCUUGGUGCGGUGACGCCCCUUUGCAGUUUCAUCUCAUUUGGUUUUGGUUUGAUUUGAUUUGGCCAUCCUUGCUCGGUCCAUCAAAGCACUGUUCAUCUGGUUGCUUCCGAGCAAAUGAGAAAAUAAGUCAGAGCGGGCAUUCAGCUGAUGCAGCAUGAGCUCCGUCUUUGCGUGGGUGUGAGUGUUUGGUGUGGUGUAGUCAGCCGUCGACUGACUGUAAUAUGUAAGCUUGAAUGAUGAUGGUGAUUAUUUGUGUAUGUGGAGUUGUUUGUCGUGGUUUGAAUAAUCAACCGUUUGUAAAUUCUAAUUUGCAGCAUGAAUGGUAAUGAUGAUAGUGAUGGUUUUGUGUGUGU